AUGACCUUGAUCGAGGGCAAUGCGGCCUUCAGCGAGCGGUACGAGUAUUCCGCCAUCCUGCGCUACUUCUUGACGGCGCAGUUGCCUUCUUCUUGCAUUUCCUCGGGGAGCUUCUCCGGGCAGCAGCCGCAGCAACAGCAGCAGGAGCAACAGAGUGGGGCGGGCAUCGCGAUAGAGGGUGGCAAAGCAACAUCCCGCAGGGGGCCCCUGGAGCUCAUAGACCAAGUCCUUUACAAGGCAACUGGCCUAAAUGCUCAGGAAUCACCUGAGGGGAGAGGGACGAAAGGGUGGCUCUCUUCUCGCUUCUCCUCCUUGAAGGACGCACUCUUCUCUUCGCGGCUCCCCUCAUGGACUCCAAGUCCAGUUCGACUGAUGCUGAGUCUCAACAGGUCUUCCCUUUCCCAAGUCAUUGCCUUCAUGCUGUACGCCAAUUCCUUUCUUUCGGCUUCUUCAGCCGCGCUGCUGGUUUCGUACUGCAUCGAUGCCUUGCUGCUGCGCGUGCUGGGGUGGACCGUCUUUAUUCCGAUGCUGCCAUGUGGGGGCGAGACGCUAGCGGCGAACCUGCAACAGCUCAGCUGCAACGUGGGGGAUCUCUUCGCCUUCGCCAUGUGGCCUCUCAGAGAGCUCAUUGUCCUCAUCUGGAAAGUACAGGGGGCGCUGUCUAGCUCGGGAGGAGACGGGCCCCUCUACUCUGGCGAGGCCCUUGAAGAUUGGAGUCUCAGGCCUCAAUUCUCCCCGUUUUUCUUUGUUACCUCUCCCCAACAGCUCGAAGAGAUCUUCUCGGGCGUCUGUACAGCUGCAUGUGAGGGGACCGCAGCUGCAACGGCAGCAGCUACUACCGCUGCUGCCGCUGCAGGCGCUGCGGAGGUCGGUGCAGCAUUAACAGCAGCGCAAAAUGCAUGCAUCCCGUGCCUGAACUACAUUGGGGUCUCUUUAGGAUAUGUCUUGACUGCUGCAGCAGGUCUCCGUCUCGCGGCAUCCGAUUUGGAAGACACCAUGAAUCUGCAGUUUAUUUCCUUUUUUGCCGUUGUUGCUGCGGUCCUUAAUGUCUGCGCUGCGGCACUUUUCCGCCUAUCCGGCUCUAAAUGGACAUGGGCCUUCAGCUCCAACGCAGGAGACGCAGCCUCGGCAGCAGCACUUGCAAACCUGCCGUUUGAUUCUCCUGCCGUUUUAACGGCUCCAGAAAUCUUGGAAGCAAAGGCUCGACUUGCGUCGGCACACAUAAGAACGGACGAAACGACUCGGGGAGGACUGCUGCCAGCGCUGCAUUGGAUUUUUGGGGGCUUUGCUGCCCGCACGGCGAUACCAGCAAUGGUAGACGCCUUUGGAUUUUCAUCUUCUCUGCCCUCAUGGGCAAAUGAAGUCCGAGACGAAGUCCCCAUAUCGGGAACCGUCUGGCCUUUCUUCGCGCAGCCGUCCUCUGUGCUCGCCCUCGGCACGGGCCUGGUCCUUAAUUUCUUGAUACCAACUUUGACUUUCAUUUACGCGUCCUUCUUCUCCGAACAGCUUAAGAAGGCGUACCAGGCAGACUUUACCUCUCCUGCAGUGCCGGAAGACUGCGGAGACGAGGUUGUAGAGGGGGGCCCCACCCACACAGAUGGGGGCCUCCAGCUCAACUCCCAGAGCUCUAUACUCCUUAGAGAAGCUUCCAUAAAGCCUCUUGGCUCCGCAGUACAUCAUAGAGGUCCUGGAUUUGCAGCCGUCGCGGGUGCUGUUGCUGGGGUUGGGGGCGCUCGAACCAGGGAGAUGCAGAGGCAGCUGCAUCACUGGCUGGAGGAGUUCGCACGCAGAGCUCCGGAUAGUGACGUAGCUCAGCUUCUACACCGUGAGAAUGAGCCACUGGAUUCGACAGAAAUCACAGGCACGGGAGGCACAGCAGGUGAGGCUGCGCUUACAAGGGCCACCAGCAACAGCUUCGCCAGAAGGCAGGGGCACCAACUUGAUUCUGUGAGUUCGUUUACAGUCGGAGACUGCAGUCCUUUGCGCAGUGGCAUGAGUGCUGUUGGAGGGAUUCCCUCUGAGAAUUCUCAAGAAAGCAGCGCGCAGAGUCUAGGCUUAUCCGUGGACAAUGCAAACAACACAGCCUCAGCGACAGGCGCAUUCGAAGAAACAGGGACCCCACCAGCAACGUUGGCAUCAGGCCUCUCCUCGGAUACCUGUAUGAAUGAAGAUGCGGAGUUUGAGCAGCCGAGAGAAGCCUCACCCGUCCUCGAAAGACCUGGAGCUAGCUUCCAGCGGAGCCGCAGGAGGGCCCCCGUGAUAGGAAGGCCUCAGCGGCAUCCUGACAGCAUUCCAGAGGGAGGGGCCUCUCCCGUGCAAGCACUUAGCCCCCCGCCAGUCUCACCCACGAAUUCUGUAGACGUCAAAAACUUGACGCGUGCCUCCGUCGAUGCACUAGGCACCUCUGUAUUUUUUAAACCAGAUGUUUCGGGUGGUGUUGAGGAGCCAGAUGGAGGGGCUUCUGCAGUAGAAAAGCCGCAGACUGUGCAGCACCUGGGAGCUGCACAGUCUGCCGCACUCAAGGGCGCAGGUUCACCAGCAGCCGCGGAGGCAACAGGGGAUUUGCGGCAGGCUCGCGAGGACCGCGCGCCUGUCGAGAAGCUGCUGCCGCAGACAGAACAAGACACAGCGACGUCUUCAGCAGUGUUCUCACAGUCAGAAGAGUUGGAUCCCUCCACUGGCACGACUAGCAGUGGCAGUUGCGGCAGCCGGGUAGACAACAUUUCCCAUGCACAUGGGCGUACAACCGAACGGGUGCGCUCCGGCUCUCCUGCUGACGUUGCAGCCAAAGCGAAAAGCUCGCCAAUUGCUGCGCCUGGCAGCAGAACAUCGUUGGAGCCCAACCGUCUCGAGGGCGAAUCGGAAACUUCCCUAGCAAGGUCAACGGCACCUGCUGUUUUCGUUCACUCGCCGAAGCAGCACCCUCGCACUGUACCAGUCGUGGUGGCGGAUAAUUUAACUAAUGAUGCUGUCGAUGGAGCCGUUGCAACCACCACUCGAGGAGGCAGAAGUGUUGAUGCCGCAGUUGAAGCGGCUGUGACUCUCGACCCUAUGUCUACUUGCGCCCUAGGAAAUACCAGAAGGCGUUCGCGUCCUAAGGCCGUUCGGUCAUCAAGGCCACGAUCCCCCGUUGCCUUUAUCCUGUCUGAGGAGCAACCGGCGGGAAGAAAGUGCGAGAAGCACCCAGAAGACACGCCCACUGCGUCUGGUGAAGCCCUUGCAGCAGAGGGCGCACAAGGCACGGAGGAAAUAGCAACAAUGGCAGUAGCAGAAACUGCGAAAGAGGAAGUAGCAGACGACACACGACGCGUGGCAUCCGUGACCAGGGAAGCAGAGACCGUACCACAGACAGCUGCAGAAGCAGCAGAAAGCUCAGCAGAAACAGUCACACAAACUGUUGCCUCAUCUCCUGGUGCUGCUGCUGGGGAAGCAGCGGCACUAGUGCCUAUUUUGAGGACCCGGAAGCGGGUGUACACUGUAUGCCGCACUGUCGUGCCUCCGCUCCCCGACAUAGCUGGACCGGAGGCAGGAGCCUUACCGGCUUCGAGGAAUAGCUGCAGAAGCAGCAAAGCAGCAACAGAGGAGACGCUGACUCAAGACGUGAGUGCAACGAGAGAGGGGGCCUUUGGCCAGUUUACUGCUGCUGCAGAUAGUGCAGCAUCAGCUGCAGCUGAAACGGCGAGAGGAUCAGAGCCAGCAACGAGGUCACUGCCUGGGACUCUUGGAGGCGCCGAAGAGGCAGCAACAGGUGCACUCACAGGGCUGGGCUACGUAGUACUAAGCACCGCGAAGCUGCGAGGCGGGACGGCAAAGCGCCGCAAGGAGGCAGGAGGUUUAUCAGAAACCCGAGUGACACUGCUUCCCUACCUGAAGUCCCCUCGGGGAGAGCGACUUCUCGCGUGUCUGUUGCUGCUAGUGAUUACCCUUUGCGCCUUUGUUGCUGUCGCAGCAGAUCUGGUGGAUGCCGCAUAUUUGACUGUCUCCCUGUUGCGGCAAGCAUGGUCCCUGUCCUGCGCCUCAGCGAAGCACCUCUCUGAGUGGCUCUUUGAGGCAACCAUUGAGCUGAACCAGUCAGCAGCUCGAGCCACCUCCAAUAUUCUCGUUUCUGUUCCUUAG